GUCAUUUUAGAUUGCAAAGUAACCGCGACACAUUGACUUAAACGUCGCGUCGACUAGAUUUUGCUUUUGUUUUGGAAACUUUUUUUUCUGGGGAUUCAACGUUGAAAACUAGAUUAACGAUUCGGUCUCCAAAAGAUUUAAGCUAAACCCAAGAGGAUGGGAAAGCAGAACAGUAAACUUCGUCCAGAGGUGCUUCAAGACCUGCGAGAAAAUACGGUCACAGAUCAUGAGCUACAGGAGUGGUACAAAGGCUUCCUUAAAGAUUGCCCCAGUGGCCAUUUAACUGUAGAAGAGUUCAAGAAAAUAUAUGCAAACUUUUUUCCGUAUGGAGAUGCUUCAAAGUUUGCAGAGCACGUGUUCCGUACCUUUGAUACAAAUGCUGACGGAACUAUUGACUUUAGAGAAUUUAUAAUUGCACUUAGUGUUACAUCUCGGGGAAAGCUUGAACAGAAGUUGAAAUGGGCGUUUAGUAUGUAUGACCUGGAUGGGAAUGGGUACAUUGGCAGAAGUGAAAUGCUGGAGAUUGUGCAGGCAAUUUAUAAAAUGGUAUCUUCUGUGAUGAAGAUGCCGGAAGAUGAAUCAACGCCAGAAAAACGAACAGACAAGAUAUUCAGACAGAUGGACACAAACAACGAUGGUAAACUCUCCCUUGAAGAAUUUAUUAAAGGUGCCAAGAGCGAUCCUUCCAUUGUUCGGCUAUUACAGUGUGAUCCCAGCAGUGCAAGCCAGUUUCUGAUGUAAGAAAAAAUGUCUGGACAGUAAUGGAGGACCACUGGCUUGUCAUUCAAGCUUAGCUUGCAGCAGAUGCCUGUCAACUCAUUCCUCAUGGUUUGGUGGCCAGAUUUUGCUGUACCAUGCAUUACAGUGGCUGGCUUUCUGCAGCAACACAAGUGCAGCAUUCCCAUGCAGUGGAACCUUUCCACAGAUAUUCAGAGUUAAACUUAUGUUUACAUGCAGUUGUCUUGAGUUUUUUGAAUGCAGUUAAUACGUCUGAUGUGUCGCUUCAAUCACUUAUUGGUUAAGGAGGUUUGUAAAUAUUCAAUGAGUGACUAUGGAAAUAUUUGAGACUAGGUCAUAGCCAGAUGUUGAAAUAACAAUGAAUGUAGCUGACAGCUAAAAAGCUUAUCGUGAAGCGCCUGUGGCUCCUAUGCUUCUAUUCUAUAAGAAAAUUGCUUGCACUUAAAAAUGUUGGGCAUUUCAAAAUUUGGAGUAAAAUUCAAUGUUGAAAAGCAAGUCUAUAUUUAAUAUAAUGCUAUUUAGCCCUGUAUUUCAUUUCAAAGCUGGUUGAUGCAUAUAUUCAUAUUGAUAUUUUUAUCUGUUGAUAGUGAUUGAACACAUCACAAUUACCAGUGACUGUCAUGAACAUUUAAUAUUUGCCUAUUAUUGUAAAAUAUAUUGAUCAGAAAUUUAAGUUAAUUUUUUAUUAUGAAUAGAUGCAAAUCUCUUUUUAGGGUUGUGUAGGAAGGUGAAACUUCCAAUUUAUGUUGGCAGAAUAAAAUGUUAAAUGUACAGCAGUAGGGAAUUAUUGAAACGAAGGUCAAGUUUAUCUGUUUGCUGAUGUGUUGCAACAUCCUUUUGCAAUGUUUCCGUAUCUUCAGCUGUCAGUUUUUCAAAUCUUCUGUAUUCUGGUGUUACUUGACAUCUGCCCACUGCUGAAAAGUGUACCAAAAUAAAGCCUACAUCUUGUC